CACGUGUAUCCCUCAAUGACUGUCUGUUCUUCUGCUUACCGCUACAGUGUGGAUCAUGGUGGAGAGAAAGCAAUGAAACCUGGGCUUAGAAAAUAUGUCUGUGAUCUCACACUGGACCCAAACACAGUAAACAGACUCCUCUCUCUGUCUGAGGAGAACAGAAAGGUGACAUGUGGGAGAAAGAAGCAGCCGUAUCCUGACCACCCAGAGAGAUUUGAGGUCUGUAGACAGGUGCUGUGUAGAGAGCGUCUGACUGGGCGCUGUUACUGGGAGGUAGAGUGGAGUGGGGGAUGGCCGGUUAUAGGAGUGACAUAUAAAGGAAUCAACAGGAGCGGAGGGGGUAAGGACUGUGGACUUGGAUGGAAUGACAAGUCCUGGAGUCUGUUCUGCUCUGACAACAGUUACACUGCCAGGCACAAUUGUAAUACCACUCUCAUAGACGUCCCCCCCUCCAGCUCCCACAGAGUAGGAGUGUAUCUGGACUGGCCAGCCGGCACUUUGUCCUUCUACAGAGUCUCCUCUGACACACUGACCCACCUGAACACAUUCUACACCACAUUCACUGAGCCCCUCUAUCCAGGGUUUUGGGUUUAUGAUGACUCUUCAGUGUCCCUAAUCAAACACAACACAAUAUUUUAAUAAAAUAUAAAAUAAGAAUAUAAAUAACUGUGUCACACACACUGGACACACACACACCCUGGACACUGACACAAAAACACACACACACACACAC